AUGACCAUGUGGCGGCGCAUCGUAACGCUCGAGCUGUUCUGCGACCCCGUGACCGCCGCGGACGGCCAUACGUAUGAGCGCGUGGCGAUCGAGGAGUGGCUCAAGACGAAGGGGACGUCUCCGAUGACCCAGGAGCCGCUGACGGACACGCGGUUGAUUCCGCAGUUCACGGUCAAGAAACUCGUAUGUGCGUUCAUGGACACGCGGCGGCGGUCAUCGGUGGACGAUGACGACGACGACGUCCCGCCCACUCCGGCGCCGCGACCGGCGCCGUCCUACGCGGACAUGCUGCGGGCCGACGAGUGGCCGUCGCUCGGGUCCUAA